CCUAUCGCGAGGUCUGCCUAGUGGUGUUGGCCGGCUGAGGCAACUGGAAGUGAGUCCCGGCCCGGCUACUUGCCGGCUUUUCUUGUGUUUUGGGCCUGUCACGCAGGCGCUGGUCCAGAGCCAUGGAAUAUAUGACAGAAUCCGUUGAUCGCAGCCCGGGACGAAUCUUGUGCUGUGAGUGUGGUGUCCCGAUAAGUCCAAAUCCUGCCAAUAUUUGUGUGGCCUGUUUGCGAAGUAAAGUUGACAUCAGCCAAGGUGUUCCAAAGCAGGUUUCCAUUUCUUUCUGCAAACAGUGUCAAAGAUAUUUUCAGCCACCAGCAUCAUGGGUACAGUGUGCUUUAGAAUCCAGGGAACUUCUUGCUUUGUGUCUGAAAAAAAUUAAAGCACCUCUGAGUAAGGUUCGGCUUGUUGAUGCAGGCUUUGUUUGGACGGAGCCCCAUUCCAAAAGGCUGAAAGUUAAAUUGACAAUUCAGAAAGAGGUGAUGAAUGGUGCUAUCCUUCAGCAAGUGUUUGUGGUGGACUAUGUUGUUCAGUCCCAGAUGUGUGGAGAUUGCCAUAGGGUAGAAGCUAAGGAUUUCUGGAAGGCUGUGAUUCAAGUCAGGCAGAAGACUCUGCACAAGAAAACAUUCUACUAUCUGGAGCAAUUGAUUCUGAAGUACGGAAUGCAUCAGAAUACACUGCGUAUCAAAGAGAUUCACGAUGGUCUGGAUUUCUAUUAUUCUUCAAAACAGCAUGCUCAGAAGAUGGUGGAAUUUCUUCAGGGCACAGUUCCCUGUAGAUACAAAGCAUCACAAAGAUUGAUCUCCCAGGAUAUCCAUAGUAACACAUACAAUUACAAGAGCACUUUUUCUGUGGAAAUUGUUCCAAUAUGCAAGGAUAAUGUUGUCUGUCUGUCACCAAAACUGGCACAGAGCCUUGGAAAUAUGAGCCAGAUAUGUAUUUGUUUUCGAGUAACUAGUGCUAUCCAUCUCAUAGACCCAAACACUCUACAAGUUGCAGAUGUCGAUGGAAACACUUUCUGGAGUCAACCUUUCAAUAGUUUAUGCCAUCCUAAGCAGCUUGAAGAGUUUAUUGUGAUAGAGUGCAGCAUUGUCCGAGAUCUGAAACGAAGCGCAGGGGCUGGAGUGAUAUCAAAAAAGCACACCCUUGCGGAAGUCUGGAUCCAGAAGACAUCUGAAAUGAAUACAGAUAAACAGUAUUUUUGUCGGACUCAUUUGGGACAUCUUUUGAAUCCCGGAGACCUGGUGCUAGGAUUUGAUUUGGCCAACUGUAAUUUAAAUGAUGAGCAUGUCAACAAAAUGAACUCAGAUAGAGUUCCAGAUGUGGUGUUAAUUAAGAAGAGCUAUGACCGUACCAAACGCCAGCGCCGUAGAAACUGGAAACUGAAAGAGCUUGCAAGAGACAGAGAAGACAUGGACACAGAUGACGAAAGACAAUAUCAAGACUUCCUUGAAGAUCUUGAAGAAGAUGAGGCAAUUAGAAAGAAUGUCAACAUCUACAAAGAUUCAACUAUCCCUGUGGAAAGUGACACAGAUGAUGAAGGGGCACCUCGAAUUAGUCUGGCUGAGAUGCUUGAAGACCUUCAUAUUUCUAAAGAUGCCACUGGUGAGGAAGGUGCAGCAAUGAUGUCAUGAAUUGUGUUAUAUGCUGUUUGCAUGUCUGACCUCAGGAAGUUGACA